ACUGUCUGCUGAUCUGCUACUGCGGAUUGCUCAGAAUAACAAGGCAGCUCGCUAAUUCCCGUCUAUCGGGGCUUUCGCCGAAACACCGAGAGAGUAGGGUCCAAAAAAAGCCAACAAGGCAGGCAAGAACGCCGCGCCGCCGGAGUCCGCACCCCAGAAUGGCUUCAGGAGACCUUUACGAGGUGGAGCGAAUCGUGGACAAGAGGCGGAAUAAGAAGGGUAAGUGGGAGUACCUGAUAAGGUGGAAAGGUUAUGGAAGUAAGGAGGACACAUGGGAGCCAGAGCACCACCUGCUGCACUGUGAGGAAUUCAUUGACCAGUUCAACAGCUUGAGACUGCACUCACACAAAAGGCCCAAAGCUUCUAAAAAUCGCGGAGAGCCCCUCAUCACCAGUCACCCAUCUGCUGCAGAAAACUCCAGAGCCAGGUCCGAGGCCCGAAAAAAGAAAAGGACUUGUGGCCCAGCGGUGGGAGUCAGAGUGGGAACUGUUCUAGGGAUUGGAAGUGGAGGGUCAGGACCCACUCAGAAGCAGAGGAAAGUGGGUGUAGGACCUGGGAAACAUACUUUAGGGGAUAGAAUGAGCAAAGCCAUGACAUAUAAGGCUCCUUCACCUGGGGGGCCUCACUUUGUUCCUUCGGUAAGGGUUCCUCAUAAUGGACUCCAGAAUGGAGAGAUGGAGCCUCUCGUGUACAGGACGGCAGCGAGGUCACAUAGACUGCCCUCGGACAAAGUGGAUGGAGAACUAGAAAAUAUGGAUACCACUGGACAGCAGUACACCACUGACCUAGGCUCCCCUCUUGCCAAUGGAAAGAUGCAUCUGCACAGCUCAGUAAAGCGGAAGCUGGCCGAGGAGAAAGGCUACGUGUUCGACAAGCGGCUCCGGUACAACGUGCGACAGAACGAGAACAACUGUCGAUUCCGAGACAUCGUGGUCAGGAAGGAGGAGGGCUUCACGCACGUCCUACUCUCCAGCCAAACAACAGACAACAACGCCCUGACGCCAGAGAUCAUGAAGGAAGUGUGUCGAGCCCUGGGAAAUGCUGCUGCUGAUGACAGUAAAUUAUUAUUGCUCAGUUCCGUGGGGACUGUUUUCUGCAGUGGCCUGGAGCCGUCCUACCUGAUAGGGCGUCUCUCCACAGACCGCAGAAAAGAGAGUAGCCGCAUCACAGAUGCCGUACGGGAAUUUGUGUUGGCGUUCAUUCACUUCAAGAAACCGAUUGUGGUGGCAGUAAAUGGGCCGGCUCUGGGCUUAGGGGCCUCCAUCUUGCCACUGUGUGAUGUGGUCUGGGCCAGUGAGAGGGCGUGGUUCCAAACUCCAUGUGCAGCCCUCCAUCUCACGCCCUCUGGAUGCUCCUCUUACACCUUCCCCCAGAUCCUGGGUGUAGCUCUGGCCAACGAGAUGCUGUUCUGUGGAAGAAAACUCACAGCGCAAGAAGCGUGCAGUCGAGGUCUGGUGUCGCAGGUCUUCUGGCCAACCACAUUUAACCAAGAAGUGAUGCUGCGUGUGAAGGAAAUGGCGUCAUGCAGUGCAGUGGUUUUAGAAGAGUCCAAAUGCCUGGUGAGGAGUAUCAUUGUGUCAGUCCUGGAGGAAGUGAAUGAGAAAGAGUGUCAGAUGCUGAAGCAGCUGUGGUGUUCAACCAAAGGAUUAGAUGCACUUUUCAGUUACCUGCAGAACAAGGCAUAUGAGAAGUAGUGGUCCACACCCAGGAAACCAGAGAUGGGCGGUGUGUGGGUCUGACGCUACCUUCAGCGGGACAUUUGGGAUGAUAAGGCUGUGAUCUCAAACUGAAGGAAAAGUUGCACUAAUGGGCUUUCACUUCCAUCCAUCAGCAGAGGGGAUACUCUGGAGCUCUGUUUGCUUGAAUCGCUUCCAACAAAUGAGAUUUUUUUUUCAUGAUCAUCUUUUUAAAGCAGCUUUUUUUUUUGGUUGUUGUUGUUCUUUUUUAAUCGGACCCACAACCGUCCAGGUGUUUCUUCUCUCUUUAAGGAGUUCAAAGAGCAAAAGGGCCAAAUGUGCAUUGCUUAAACGCAGGGAGGUACAGAGUGUUUUUGCACCUAUGCGAGACUUAAUCAUCAGGCUGUAUGAAAUCAAUGUAUGUCUGAGAGCACAUGAUAAAGUGAUGAUAAUAUAUGUUAAUAUAUAUUUAUUUCAAGUGUGUAAAAGAGUAGCUUUCUGUAUAUAAGAUGCGUUUUUCAGAAUUUUCUCUUCGUCGCUUAUGGUUUUGAGUUGAAGUGUAAACCAAAGUUUGCAUGAGGACACUGUUUCUUGCUCCCUAACAUGCACAUUCCAUCUGCUCUGUAUUAUGGACAGAAGAAAACUACUAAAAACACUGGCCACAAAUGCUCAUACAUGCUCAAGUCAGAUUCAGACACUGCUCAAAGAACACACUCACACAAUUCAUUGUUUAUACUGUAAAAGUCCUUAUUACUCAGAACAGACAUCUUGUUUUCCAGUGACUCGGUUGUCAUGAUAAGAAGCACCAAAACUUUGCUUCGGCAAGGUUAAACCUCAUGUACUUGUGAGACUGUCUGACGACAGUGCGAUAGUACAUGCGAUGUCAUCCUCCUACUGUCAACAUCCGUCUUUCUUUAGUUAUUUUCACCUACAGCACAGCAGAUAUGGCAAGAGUUUAAUUUAACUUCUACAUGUACAAAUCAAAUCUCAAUGAGUUCAGGAUUUUUCUUUCAAGGAAAGCUUGUUUGAGUUGAAGUGCACAUAGAUUUUUUUUUUUUUUGAAUCAGGAAAAUAAGUAGAAAUGGAGAACACUGGAAGUGUGAAUGCUAGCACUAAAUAUACAACUGUGUCCGUUCUUAAUCAAUUGACAUUUUGGCUUGAGUACAAAAUGACUUUUAGAUGAUGAAAUGAAUUGGCGGCACAUAUCACAUGGAAGGAUUAGCAAUGCGAUUCAUCCCACUUUGUUUGAGCUAUAUAUAGUAGCCUUACAUGCAGUACUAUGGUGGUUCAUACAGAUAUGAAUACAGAUAGUGAUUAUGUGAAAUGUUUUUUUUUUUUUUGUUGAUAUCAUCUGACAGUUACUUCUUAGUUGUGUAUUUUUAGAGCACACAAAAGAGAUGAUUUUUCCCUGAUCCUCUAGUAAUCACAUAGUGACUGCACUAAUUGUCAGUGAUCAAUAUUGUGGCAACGCAACAGUUGUGUAGCUGGAGUCGACUUUGUCCUUAUCUGCAUGUGAUGAUUUAAGAUUUCAAAAAAAUUUUAUAUUUUGAUGUGUACUAUAGUUCGGGAUCUAUUUUGUUUUACCAAAAAAAAGAAAAAAAAGUAGGUUCUGUGAAAAUUGUUUUGUAAAACUCUGAAGAUAUUUGUCCAUUUUUGCAGUUGUACACAUGCAGUACAGAAUAAUAUAUAGAUAAUGUAGAUUGUUUUGUUUAACUAAUUGCAUGUAAUAUAUUGUAUAUAUAAAUGUGUUGCCUGUCUGAAUACCUUGUAUUUCAGGGUUUGUUUUGUACCAGCAUUGUAAGUAUUGUUAGAAAUGUUGCAGUUUAUUUUUGUAUUUAUUUGAGAUAACUGUUUGGAUGUGCAGUGCCAUGUGGUUUGCUUUGCUCCAGAGGCACCCCGACUCCCUGAAUCACCCCUUCUAAAUUAAUCCCAUAAGAACUUUAAACAAAAUGGAUCAAGAAAGCAGAUAAUUUCUUCUUAUAUCAUUUCAAAACCAAAGUGUUGAAACACUGCUGUCACUUGAAUGUUUACAUUUUCAUUUGACAUGAUCAGAUUAAGCAGUUUGUUGUAAAUGAUUGAAGGUAUGUCUGAUAACUUAAUACGUUGUGUAGUGUGUUGUACUGAGCUUUAUGAGCAUAAACUGAUGGUCGAUAAAAUGACCUGUAUUGUAUUUCAGAUUUGUCCAUCUGAAGCAUUUGAGACUCUGUUGAUGCUCCAUGUGGUUGUUUAAUGGUUUUUAGUUUUAUUUGUGGUUAUGGUUUGAUUGCAGGGAAUAAUUAAUGGUUUGAUAAAGCAUUUGUUGACAUUUUUAAGUCAUUAAAUACUCCUUAAAUCCGUUUAUCCUAGCUCGCCAGAUAUAUAAUCAUCUACAGAAUAGACUCACCAAUUGUCGUUGUUUGUUUUCACAGGCAGCUUGGCAGGUUUGUGACCAAAACACUCCAUUAGGCUUAAAUAAUCAAUUGAAAGAUGUUGGGAUUUUUGUGAUACGCUAUUUAGAAUUUUUCUUGACAGGGGUUCCUACAUUCACUUCUUCAACUAGACUCCUCGUCUGUUGGUAAAAAACAGUUGACAUCCGCGUUCCUGCUUGGCUUUAGGGUCCCAAGAAGAGAUGAGAAGGACCUGUGUAAUGUGGCUACUGUACAGCAUCAGUGAAUGCAAAUCACUCAGGUCCGCUGAGCGUUAAUAACACUGAUCCUUUAUGUAUUUAUUCAUUUAUUUAUUUUAGUUUUGUAAAAUAUUAUUAAUUCUUUCCAGUAUGUCACCUGAGAUAGGUAAUGCAUUUCUUUGCUUUCUGAAAAAAAAAAAAGUUUCCAACUAUUGGGUUUUCUCUUA